GGCAACGAUCACCAACCAAUUUAGAUUUAUGGAUUUAUUGUUAUUUAAUUAAGCCUUAUGUGUUUCAUUUUGUCGAGUUUUAUCGACACUAAUAAAAGAAUUGCAUAGAUCUUAAAUUCAAAGUAUUAAAUAUAGUGAAUGUUUAACAGUUCAGAACUAUUUUGUUCAAAAAUCGUAAGUCUACUCAGCCUGUUGUGUGUUUUUAUAGUACAUUGCAACGAUCCGCAGAUCCCUAACCAUGGAAUUGGAAUGUCAAGUUCAGAACUACGAUUGGGGCAAAUUAGGUACUCAAAGUAUGGUGGCCAAAUUAAUUUCCAGUGCUAACAACAAUAUUGUCAUUGACCCAUCGAAACCAUACGCAGAACUGUGGAUGGGUACACACCCCAAUGGACCAUCACUAAUCAUUGAAAGAGGUGUAUUGUUAUCAGAAUAUAUAAAAGAUAAUUUGGAUGCUAUUGGUCAUGCAGUUAGAAAUACAUUUGGUGAGACAGUGCCGUUUAUUCUAAAGAUUUUGUCUAUAAGAAAAGCUUUGUCUUUACAAGCACAUCCAAAAAAGGAGCAUGCUGAAGCCCUUCACAAGAGUUGCCCUGAAAUGUAUAAAGACCCUAAUCACAAACCAGAACUAGCUAUAGCUCUCACAAAUUUUGAAGCCCUGUGUGGAUUCAGAUCACUUGACGAUAUUAAAAGCUAUUUGAAAAAGAUUCCAGAGCUGAAAGAGAUACUAUCAGAAGAGAGUGUUAAAAAUUUAAUGACAAGUGAUUCUGAAAACACUUUAAAAUCAGUUUUUCACUCUCUAAUGACUGCAGCUUCUGAAAGAAUUACUGAUGGUUUGAAUAAAUUUCUUACAAGAAUGGAAAAGGAAGAUGCAGCUACACAAUCAACUCUUCUAUUUCCUCUCAUCAAAAGGUUGCAUGCAGAUUUUCCUGGGGAUGUAGGCUGCUGGGCUCCUUACUUUAUGAAUUACCUAAUACUGACACCUGGACAAGCUAUUUAUUUAAAGCCUAACUUGCCUCACGCCUAUUUGAGUGGAGAUUGUGUGGAAUGUAUGGCCUGUUCGGAUAACAUAGUUCGCGCUGGCUUAACCCCGAAACACAUGGAUGUGCCCACCCUGGUCGAAAUGUUGGACUACAACAGCUACUCGCGAGACCAGCUGCUCUUUAACCCGCACCUGGAAGACUCGAACAGUUGCAUAUGGAGACCGCCUGUGCCCGACUUUGCUGUGGUCAAAAUCAAAGUUGUAAGCGACGACGAACCAUACAACACGAUAAUCCGAGCGAGUCCAAGCCUCAUUAUUAUCACAUCGGGUGAGGGUGAGGUAUGUGACACGGAACCUGUAGCAGCCAGACCGGGAGUAGUGUUGUUCCUCAAGGCGAGCAGACAGUUGACUAUAACGCCAUCGCCUGGUCAACACUUGGAAGCUUAUCAGGCCAUAUGCAACCUGUGAUCAUUAAGAGGCUUUAUAUUUAAAAAUUUUGAAGAUAUUAAAUAUUUUUUUGCCACUUUAGUUGAUUUAGGGCUGAUUUUUCUAAAUCUGGAUAAAAUUCAUGUGUCUGAUAUCAUAUUAUAUGGACAAAAUGAAGAGUUGACUUGUGUUAAUUGGUGUAAUGUAACGGAUGACAAUAUCUCUCUUUAUUUGAUUGAGUAUUAAUUUAUUGAACAGUUAAGUUUUAUCCAAGUUUUGAAAAAUCGGCCCAUAAAGUGCAGUCAAUAACACAUCAGGACAAAGUGUGGAAUGUGGGUUGUUUGUAAAUUUUAUAUUAAGCACAAUGAAGCUCAAUUAUUGCAGUUGAUGGUAGUAAUUUGAUAGAUUUGGUUAAGUAAACCUGUAACAAACUGUACAUUGUAUUUUCACGGCAAUGAGUUAGUGGAGCGUUUUAUUACUCCACUUUUAUGACAAAUUUUGUCAUACAAUCGCUUACAAAAGACAAGGAUGGAUUACUGUAUCAUGCGAAAAGGACAUUGAACAUUGUCAUUUUAGGGACUGUGCUCAUAAGGUUGUCAUUGACUAGAUAACGAUAACACAGCAUAGCGUCGUUACUGCGGCCAAUAACAGAAAAGUCAGAACUUACGCGUUUUCAUAAAUAGAGUAUUACAGCGUAAUGAGCUUCAUGUUGCUUAGUGUAAGAUUCACCUUCGAGAAUAUUUUAUAUUUUCUGGUAAUUUGUGUGUGGCGUACUGUACUAUGGACUAACUUUUGUGCCAUUAAUGUUCUGAUAAAUGUUAUCAGGUCUUAAGAACAGUUUUUUCUUCCGAAAAUUCGUUUUAUAUCGAUAGUAAAUCUACAAGGCUUAUUGAGGCUAUAUGGCGAUUCUCGAUAUGUCUUAUCUUAAAUUAUAAUAUUAUUAUACUUUAUUACUAAGUUACUGUAAAACUAAAAUAUUUAUGAGUAAAAUUUUAACUAGCCUAACUUCUUUUCCACGAACUAACAAACAUAUCUAAGUUCUGAUAAGCUUAGUUAAUAGCGGCUGUUCUAAGCCAAAGAAAGGGUUCUCGUGAUUAUAAUUUUUAAAUCGCACGUCAAUUUGGCUUUUAAGGCAGUGCACGCACAGUAGUGACGGAUAAAAAUUAUUUCCAUGAAGAUUUGUUGCGUUUUUUGACUAUUAAAGUGGAAGUAGUAAAUAUAUAAAGCUAUGAUGCUAUUUUACAGUCAACCCAGAGAAGUGAAUUUUAUCGAAUGCUUCAUUAAAUCAUAUCCGGAUUUAUUUUAUUGCUAUUCCAAAGAAAGAAAACAUCAAUUAAAUGUGUCUGUCUCUUUACAGUUGGUUAAAUGGUAAUUGUUGCCUUGGAAUAUCUAAUUAGGAC